AUGUUAGGGACAAGGACAAUGCUUGGCCUACGACAUGCUACACCUGCUUAUCGAUGUCUUAUACAACAACAAAUCACUGAUAUGUCGAAUGUGACUAAAUAUUUUCGUCGUUGUCUCGCUCAAGUUGUUAUUGAAAAGAAAACAUUCAAACGAGAUAAACCACAUAUUAACAUUGGAACGAUUGGCCAUGUUGAUCACGGAAAGACAACUUUGACAGCUGCUAUUACACGCAUUCUCAGUGAAAAAAAGUUGGCUAAAGUAAAGAAAUAUGAAGACAUUGAUAAUGCACCCGAAGAAAAAAAACGUGGUAUUACAAUCAAUGCCGCUCAUAUUGAAUAUUCAACAGUCAAUCGACAUUACGGCCAUGUUGAUUGCCCUGGACAUGCUGAUUAUAUUAAAAAUAUGAUCACAGGUUCGUCACAAAUGGAUGGUGCUAUUCUUGUUGUUGCUGCAACUGAUGGUGUGAUGCCACAAACACGUGAACAUUUACUUCUCGCUAAACAAAUUGGAAUCGAAAAAAUUGUCGUUUUCAUGAACAAAGCCGAUGCAGCUGAUAAAGAAAUGCUUGAAUUAGUUGAACUUGAAUUACGGGAAUUAUUAACACAAAUUGGUUUCGAUGGUGAAAAUACGCCAAUUAUACCUGGCUCAGCAUUAUGUGCACUUGAAGAUCGAGAUCCUAAAUUAGGUAAAGAAACUGUAUUAAAAUUACUCGAAGCUGUUGAUAAAUACAUUCCUGUACCACCGAGAGCUGUCGAUCAACCGUUUCUAUUACCUGUUGAACAUGUUUAUUCAAUCCCGAACAAAGGAACCAUUGUUACUGGACGUGUUGAACGUGGCACUGCGAAAAAAGGUGAUGCGAUUGAAGUCGUUGGACAUAAUAAAAUUGGUAAAGGCAUCAUUGGAGGUCUUGAAAUGUUUCAUCAAACAAUCGAUCAAGCUCAACCAGGUGAUCAAUUAGGUAUUUUAUUGAAAAAUGUUCCAAAAGAUGAUGUGCGACGAGGUGUUUUUGUUGGUAAACCGGGUUCAUUAAAGAUGUAUAAUAAGUUUGAUUGUCAAACUUAUUUCUUAUCGAAAGAAGAAAGUGGCCGUGAAGAACCAGUACCAAAAGAAUUCGUAUUGACAAUGUACUGUCGAACAUUUGACAUUGGUGUUAAAGGCAUUGUACCGGAAGGUCGAGAAAUGAUUAUGCCUGGUGAAGAUGCAACAUUAACAUUAUACACAAGCAAAAGAAUGGUUUUGGAAAAAGGUGUUCGUUUUACACUACGUGAUGCGGAGAAUAAAACCGUUGGCACUGGUGUUGUAACAAAUCUACAUCCGGAUCCACCACCAGAAGAAUUGAAAAAAUUCUGGAAACGAGCUGCUUAG